UGGAUGUGGUCUGUCAUGAUAAAUAUAUUAACGGUCUAGAGUAUGUAUUAGCCAACAAUCUCAAUGAAUCAACGACUCAAGUCUUUACUAAACAAAUACAAGAACCAUGAAAAAAUCAUCAAGAAGCUCCACGCCCACGCCAUUACUCUUGGCUCACUCUCCACCCACCAACACCUCGCUUCUAAAUUCUUGAAUAUUUACUCACUACUCAACAGACCAGCACAAGCCCAAAACAUAUUCAACCAAAUUCAACAACCAGACAUUGUUUCAUGGACUUGUUUGAUGAACCAUUACUUGAAUAUUGACAAACCCAACAAAGCUAUCUCAAUCUUCUCUCAGUUGCUUGUUAAUCACAAGCCUGAUGGCUUCUCAGCUGUAGCUGCUCUAACAGCUUGCGGUAGAUUUCGAGAUUUGAGAAAUGGGAGAGCUGUUCAUGGGAUGGUGAUUAGGUUUGAGCUUUGUGAUGAACCCAUUUUGGGUAAUGCUUUGAUUGAUAUGUAUAGCAGCAAUGGGGAUGCUUUGAGGGCUAAGACUGUGUUUGAUGUUAUGGGUGUUAGAGAUGUUGUGUCAUGGACUAGUUUGCUUAAUGGGUUUGUGAAAUGUGAUGAUAUGGAUAGUGCACGCCAAGUGUUUGAUGAAAUGCCGGUCAGGAAUGCUGUUUCCUGGACGGGGAUGAUUGUUGGGUUUGUUCGUGGGAAGGUUUCGGUUUGUGGGUUGGAGUUGUUUAGAGAAAUGGUUGGGGAUGGUGGAGCUUUUCCUACGGAGAUUACGGUUGUUGCUGUUCUUUCUGGUUGUGCUGAUAUUGGAGCUCUUGAUUUUGGCAGGACUGUGCAUGGUUUUGUUAGUAAGUCGGUUUUGGUUAGAGAUAUGGCGGUGAAUAAUGCAUUGAUUGAUAUGUAUUCCAAGAGCGGAAGCUUGGAAUCUGGACUAGAGAUUUUUCAUGGGAUGGGUUGUAAGGAUUUGUUUACAUGGACUACGACGAUAUCAGGAUUAGCACUUCAUGGGAAAGGAAGACGUGCGGUUGAAUUGUUUGGCGACAUGUUGGCGACUGGACUUACUCCGAAUAUAGUUACAUAUGUUGCAGUGUUAUCGGCUUGUGGUCACUCAGGACUGAUUGAACAGGGGAAAUUAUUGUUUAAAAAUAUGAUAAAUAGCAAUGGAAUGAAACCAACAAUUCAGCAUUAUGGGUGUAUGGUUGAUCUUUUAGGACGAGCUGGAUGUGUACAUGAAGCUAUUGAGUUGAUUGAAUGUAUGCCUAUGAGACCGGAUGCUGUGAUUUGGAGGUCACUUCUAAGUGCUUGUUUAGGUAAGGGAGAAUUGAAUUUAGCUGAAAUAGCUGCGAAGAAGAUUAUUGAACUUGAACCUGAGAGUGAUGGGGUGUAUAUACUUCUAUGGAAUAUUUAUCGCAAUGCAAAUAAAUGGGAUGAUGCAUCUAAGACGAUAAAGAUGAUGAGAAGUCAAAAAAUUAAGAAAAAACCAGGUUGUAGUUGGAUUGAGCUGAAUGGCAUCGUUCAUGAAUUUCUUGCUGAAGAUUCACUGAGUUCUAUUAGGCCAGACAUGUAUAUAGUCUUAAAAACUAUAAUCAAUGAAUCAAAACCUGAUACUAAUAUCUUGUUCUUUUGAAUACAUGUUUUUUUUUACUAAAGAUUGUUUGAUCUUUUUUAUUGGUUGUCAUGCUAAUCAGCUAUUA